CUUUGUCGCCAGAUUCUAUUCUAAACCCCAGCUAAUACGCCUGCCGGUCGUCGGAGCCGAGCCCUAGGCCAGGCGACGCAAAUCCCCAACUCCUCCCCCCUGCUCGCCACCAACUGCCCCUCGUCGUCGUCUCCCUACUCCUCUCCCAAUCGCCCCUCGUUCCCCUCCCGCGGCUUGAUCGGAAUGGCGGCGUGAGGUUCGGCAAGAUAGGGUUUUGACCGGAGAGAGGAGGGGAGAGGGAGAAGGGCGGAGGCGGGGGAAGGAGCUAUGGCGAGCGACGUGCCCAUGACCCCGGAGCUGGAGCAGAUCGACGGAGAGAUCCAGGACAUCUUCCGCGCGCUACAAAAUGGGUUUCAAAAGAUGGACAAGAUCAAAGAUUCUAAUCGGCAAGCUAAACAACUGGAGGAACUUACAGGGAAAAUGAAGGAGUGCAAGCGCUUGAUCAAAGAGUUUGAUCGUAUUCUCAAAGACGAGGAGUCAAGGAACCCUCCUGAAGUCAACAAGCAGCUAAAUGAUAGAAAGCAGUAUAUGAUCAAAGAGUUGAAUUCCUAUGUCACCUUGAGGAAGACAUAUCAAAGUAGCCUUGGUAAUAACAAGCGGGUUGAGCUCUUUGAUAUGGGUGCUGGAAGUAGUGAGCCUACCGCCGAGGACAAUAUUCAAAUGGCAUCAGCUAUGUCGAAUCAACAACUUAUUGAUUCUGGAAGGAACCAAAUGGAUCAAACAGAUGAAGCGAUUGCACGCUCAAAAAUGGUCGUUGCGCAAACUGUAGAAGUUGGAUCUCAAACUGCUACAACAUUAACACAACAGACAGAACAAAUGAAGAGGAUUGGCAACGAGCUUGAUUCUGUUCACUUCUCGUUGAAGAAAGCUAGCAAGCUUGUGAAAGAGAUUGGCCGGCAGGUUGCAACUGACAAAUGCAUCAUGGGGUUGCUUGCUCUGAUAGUUUUUGGCGUUAUUGCAAUUAUCGUUGUUAAGAUUGUCAACCCGCAUAACAAGAGCAUCCCAGACAUCCCAGGAAUGGCUCCGCCUGCCCAAAACUUUCAGACUAACAGGAGAUUGUUGUCAACAAGAUCUUUCAGAGGUCUUUGAUGAUUACUGUGGAAGUUUCAUGCUGGAGCCCCUCUCUUCGCAAAGCAGGUGCAGCCAUGGGAUACGCCGAAAGAAUGCGCUUGUAUAUUUCUUUUCUACUGUGUGUAUAUGCAUUAUGCAAACAAAUAGAGAUGAGAUCUUUUACGAGUCUGUAGGAACACGCCCAGCUGAACCUUAUGGAUUUUUUUUUUUUUUUUGACUU